GCUCCCAAACAACCUGGAAGAAAGCAAACUGGGCUGUCUGGUGCGGGGCUGCUCUCAAAUGGUGUGGCCGCCGGACAGGGUGUCUGGAUUUCCUGGGCACCGGCACCUUCCCCAGCUCUUCCACACCCUGGGGUGUCCUGCUCCAGAAGGGGAUGAGGAAUAGAAGGUUCUGGUUUUGGCUGAGCAAGAGGCAGUGAGGAGGAGCAAGCUUUUCCGGCAACCUGAGCUCUCGACAGCCUUCUGGGCAGAUGGAGGUUGUGGCUUUCCGUGGGAGCGCCGCUGACAGGAUGUCCAUGAGGAGCCCCGUUUCUCCCCACCUGGAGCUCGAUGGAGCGGGCAGCAUGGUGAACUGCACCAUCAAGACGGAGGAGAAGAAGGAAGGCAGCUAUGAGUCCCCACCGGGGGCUGCCCCCAGCACCGAACCCCGUCCCAACGACCCACCGGGACCACCGCCGAGGGAAGGCACCGACCCCCAGGCCCUGCCGCAGGAGUCCCACUCGCCUGCCGGCGACGCACUGGAGCCCAGGCGCUCUGCCUUUGAGCCGGCUGUCAGCGGCCAGGAGAAGCUGGACUUCAACAGGAAUUUGAAGGAGGUGAUGCCAACCAUCGAGAAGUUACUGUCCAGUGACUGGAAGGAGCGGCUGCUGGGCCGAACAACUGCUGAGUCCAAGGAAGUGAAAGGAACCCAGGAGAGCCUGGCAGAGAAGGAGCUCCAGCUACUUGUCAUGAUCAACCAGCUGUCCACGCUGCGGGACCAGCUCCUGACGGCCCACUCGGAGCAGAAGAACAUGGCCGCGAUGCUCUUCGAGAAGCAGCAGCAGCAGAUGGAGCUGGCGCGGCAGCAGCAAGAGCAGAUCGCCAAGCAGCAGCAGCAGCUCAUCCAGCAGCAGCACAAAAUCAACCUGCUGCAGCAACAGAUCCAGCAGGUGAACAUGCCCUACGUCAUGAUUCCCGCCUUCACCCCCAGCCACCAGCCUCUCCCCGUCACUCCCGACUCCCAGUUAGCGCUGCCCAUCCAGCCCAUCCCCUGCAAACCAGUGGAUUACCCGGUGCAGCUGCUGCACAGCCCCCCUCCUCCCACGCUGAAGAGACCCGCCGGCUCGGGCCACCUCCAGAUGCAGGAGACCUCGCAGCCGCUGAACCUGACAGCCAAACCCAAAGGUUCCGACCUCCCCAGUGCCUCCAGCUCACCCAGUUUGAAGAUGAGCAGCUGCCAGUCCCUCACGCCGAGUCACGGGGCCACCAGGGACCUGCAGACCAGCCCAUCCAACCUGCCUCUGGGGUUCCUGGGCGAAGGCGAUGCCAUCACCAAAGCCAUCCAGGACGCGCGGCAGCUGCUGCACGGCCACAGCGGAGCCAUGGAGGGAUCGCUGAGCAACCCCUACCGCAAGGACCACGUCGGGAUUGAUUCUUCCCCGGUGAAGGAGCGGAUGGAGGAGACACCUGCCCACCGGCUGGACGAGGCUCUGUUGACCUGUGAGAUGGAUGGCUCACGGCACUUCCCCGAGUCCAGGAACAACAACCACAUCAAGCGGCCCAUGAACGCCUUCAUGGUGUGGGCGAAGGACGAGAGGAGGAAGAUUUUGCAGGCCUUCCCGGACAUGCACAACUCCAGCAUCAGCAAGAUCCUGGGCUCCCGGUGGAAGUCCAUGACGAACCAGGAGAAGCAGCCCUACUACGAGGAGCAAGCCCGGCUGAGCCGGCAGCACCUGGAGAAAUACCCCGACUAUAAGUACAAGCCCCGACCCAAACGCACCUGCAUCGUGGAGGGGAAACGGCUGCGCGUGGGCGAGUACAAGGCGCUGAUGAGGAACCGGCGGCAGGACGCCAGGCAGGGCUACUUGAUAGGGCCCCAGGGCAGCCAGAUGCCGCCCGCGUCCUCGGAUGUGCUGUACCAGCGGCCGGUGGGCAUGCAGCUGACGUCCCCCCUGAUGGAGCACUACCUGCCCCGCAGCAUGGACCCCAGCAUGCCCGUCAUCGUCAACACGCGUAGCCUCAAGGAGGGCGACUGCGGGGAUGACGGGCACUCGGUGGCCGACGGCGAGAUGUACCGCUACAGCGAGGAGGAGGACUCGGAGGGCGAGGACAAGAGUGAUGGCGAGCUGGUGGUGCUGACGGACUGAGGGGGGCCGGGGUGGGGGGGCGGUGAGUGGGGGUGGCAGGGCUGGCUGCCACCAAAAAGGAGGUCACAGCAUCCCCGGAUGGGAUGGGACUCGGCUGAAGGGCUGUGCUGGGAGCAGAGGAGAGCUGCUACCCCGGCACGGAGGAGUUGCUGCUGCCUGCCUGCAAAUGGGUCCCAGGAAGGCGGGCAUCCCAGCAUUUUGGGGGGGGGCUUCCCGGGGGGGGUGAUGAGCAGUGAUGUGCACUGCACGGGGCCGUGGCUGGGAUGUGCUGACCCCGCUGGGCAAGCUGGCGAGGGCUGGUUCAGCCUUGUUCUAGUGGCAGGGGCAUGGGGAGCUGAGGCCACCUGGCCCGGGGAUAUGGGUGCCACGGCUGCUGAGCUGUCACCCACCCGCAGCCCCCCCAGGAGGCACCUGAGGGUAUCGGGGUGCGGGAAAGCCUCCAGAGCAUCUCCCAGCCCUCCAGCACCCAUGGGUCCCUUGCAGAGAGCCUCACCUGCAGCUGCCAGCCACUGCUGCUAGGGUCACGGGAUGGGGACAGGCUUGUCCCUCGCUCAGCCCCGUCUGACCUCCCCGCUGCAUUUCCCACUCGGUCUUUAAAGCCUGCCAGCAAAUUCCCAUGGAGCCAUUUUUAGCUCUCGCCUGCCCCGAGUACCAGCCAAGGGCUCCGAGGAGCCCUUUAUGAUCCUGACAGCCCUGGCCCACUUUGUAAAUAAAGCGGGUGCCUGUUCUCUGGCUGUGCCGUUACCCCGGCCCUCCGCCAGCCCCUUACCCGGGCACUGUCGGGCACAAGCCCUGGCUGCGGUGGGUACGUGCCCCGUCCGUCCCCAGGGACCUCUCCCUCCUGCGCCCCAGCUCUGCAAGCUGUAGGCUCCACCUGCGAUCUUCAUCGUGAAAACCAGAGAGGGAGAGAAAAAUAACAGCAAUUUAUAAAAAAAAAAAAAAAAAAAUUGGAAAAAACCAACCACCUUGCUCUGGUCAGAGCCUGGCCCAGGGGUAUUUGGGAUGCAGCACGGCCGUGUGUCCGGCUGUGUGUGCACAGUGUCCGGCUGGGUGUGCGCAGUGUCCGGCUGUGCACAGAGUCCGUGCACCGCCCUGUGGCUACAGCCAGAAACAGGCACCGCUGCUCCGGCCGCAGCCACAGCCUGGCCUCCAGCCUGGCACGGUGGGGACCUUUGCUGGGGGUGCAGAAGGAGCUGUGGCUGCCCGGGCUCCAGAUUGCAGCAGCGGGGACGAGCCCUGCAAUGGGGGCUUUGCAGCGGACCCAUGUCUUCGGUCCCAGGGUGGGGGGUCCGGAGCAGCAGCUCUGCAGCAUCGGGGCCCCGGUGCUGCUCCCCCGCACCCCACGGGGCUGCCGACAGGACAUUUUUUAUCCAAGGGAGCAUCUUGCCUCCUCGCCCACCCAGCAAACGCCUCUCUCCUCUCUUGCCCUUCGUCAGUGCUUUAUUUAUUCCCAUCCCCUGUGCUGCUCUGGCUGGGGCUGGGGUCCCUGGGGAAGGGCUGCCAGCUCCCAGGGUGGGAUGGGCUGUGCUGCAGAGGGGGCUGGAAGCAGAUGUGCCCGACAAAGAUGCAGCUCUUCCUCUCUUUUUUUUUUUUUUUUUUUUUAAAGACUGUAAAUAUAGAUAGAGCUUUAUUUUGUUAAUAAGACAAUGAGUAACUUAACCUGUAUAUUUCACAUACUUGUUUACAAUUGUCCCCCCCCACCCCUUGGCACAAUAAAAAUGACUUUUUGGAGCAGA